ACGACGGUGGUAUAAUAAGCGGACACACUGACGCACACACUCACACACACACACACACACACGCGUAGAAUAAUUCGUGUGCGCGUCGCUGCUGGUGGAACCGAAUCUCACCAGCUCUACACUACACGACGACGACGACGACGGCGGUGAAUACACACACGACAAAGACACCGCGAUAUUAUUAAUAUUAUUACGGUCGUCGGUUGUCUCGCGCGUACGCGUUUUCACGGCACACGGCGGUUCGGGCGUAACGCGUUUCACGUACACGAGACACACGGUUCAUAGUCGACGCACACUCCUAAACACGACGACAAGAGCAACAACAACGACAUUAUCAAUCACAGAAUCGUCGUAAAAUGGCGUUGAAACGUAUCAAUAAAGAACUUCAAGACUUAGGCAGAGACCCACCAGCACAAUGCUCCGCUGGACCUGUAGGGGAUGAUUUAUUUCAUUGGCAAGCAACAAUUAUGGGACCACCGGACAGUCCAUACCAAGGUGGUGUGUUUUUCUUAACUAUCCAUUUUCCUACGGAUUAUCCAUUUAAACCUCCAAAGGUUGCAUUCACUACUAGAAUUUAUCAUCCGAACAUUAACAGUAAUGGUAGCAUUUGCCUUGAUAUUCUACGGUCUCAAUGGUCACCAGCAUUGACCAUAUCAAAAGUUUUGUUGUCUAUUUGCUCGUUGUUAUGUGAUCCAAAUCCAGAUGAUCCGCUUGUUCCUGAGAUUGCUAGGAUAUAUAAAACAGACAGAGAAAAGUACAACGAAUUAGCCAGGGAAUGGACCCGCAAAUAUGCAAUGUGAUGGUUGUUUCAAAAUAUGUUGCCUGUCCGCCCGUUAUCAGAUUAACAUUCUUUUUUUUUCGCCCUGUACAACUUCAAAAAGAUCAAUAAUACACUUUCAAUCUCCAACUCAUCUGGUAAAAUACAAAAUAUGGACACCUUAUGGAAAAUACUUUUUUAGUAUGAUUUGGAAAAUAUUUUAUUUAUAAUGCCUAUACAUAUUCUUUUUUUUUUACUUAUCACUUUGUCAAAAAGUUCAAUAUUGAAUGUGUAAGUGUCUCAUAAUAUAGAGAACAAAUUUAAAAUAACAUGGUGUUUAUUUAGUAGUUAACUUUAAUAAUAAUGCAUAUUAUUUUUUUUGGGAUAAAAGUGUAAUAUAUACCAUGUGCUGGUGGCGAUUUAUAACUGCCUUUUUACCUACCCAUAAAUAAUUAUAAUAUAUAUAGUUUUUCAUUA